CUACGGGAAUAAUCCCAGCUCCUACGAUCAGCGACCAUGAUGCAGUUUUUGCCUGUGUAAACGUUUGUGUGCGCCGUUUUCAACCUAGAUACAAAUGGAUACGGCUGGAGAGGAAAUUUGUAACCGAAGAAUUUCUUCAAGACUCCGCUAACCUACCGUUCUCCGUAAUAUAUGGAUUAGAAUCACCCGACGACAUGGUAAAUGCACUCAACACUUUGUUUAGUGAAUGUAUAGAGAGACACGCUCCAUUAAAAAGAAUCAAGUUAACACGCCCCCCUGCACCAUGGAUGAAUGCAAAUGAAAUACGAAAACUACAGGCGGAUCGGGACAGACUGCGCUUUGAAGCUCACAAAACCAACAGUGAUGAUUCUUGGAAGGCCUUUCGAGAAGUUCACAACAAGAUAAAGUCUGUUAUUAAUAAAACAAAACGAAACUUUAUUAAAACUGCUCUUUCUUCUAACAGACCAAAGGAGGUAUGGAGAAUGAUACACCAUAUUCUCCACCCUAAUAAGAAGCCUCUUCACGCAGAUCCAGAUAAACUCAAUGACUAUUUUAUUAAUACGAACGAAAGGACAUUAGGAACCAAGCCAGCUGCACUAUCAGAUCUACUUGAAUUCAUUGAUUCUCUUUCCGAUGGUACAACGCCACAGCAAUCAUUCUCUUUACGACCCGUUUCGCAUCGUGAGGUGUUGUGUGAAAUUGACAAACUCCGCUCAGACACAUCUACUGGCAUUGAUAAUAUACCGGUUAAGUUUGUAAAACUGGCGAGAGAACAUCUGGCGGGUCCUUUACAAUACAUAAUAAACAAUUGUAUUGCUAGGUCGACCUUUCCAGAAGCGUGGAAACUUGCAAGAAUAUCGCCCAUCCCUAAAAUAGAUCAACCUUUGUGUGAGGCGGACUAUAGACCUGUCUCAAUUUUGCCGGCGUUAUCAAAGGUAUUUGAGCGGCUUGUUUUAAAUCAGAUGAUUGCGUAUAUUGAAGAAAGGGCGCUUCUUGGAGCUACGAUAUCUGGAUUUCGAAAAGGGCAUUCGACAACAACU